AUGUUAUCUAGAUAUGCCAAGCGUUUAUUAGAUGAUUCUUCUUUCUACGGAGGUUCUUUGCACGUCUGUUAUGCACCUGAAUAUGAAACUGUGGCUGAAUGUCGUUUGAAGCUGUAUGAAUGCAGGCAUUUAAAUGCAAGAAUUUCCAGGAAAGUGGAACAUGAGUAUCUUCAGAAAUUCUCUACUAAAUGUCAAACAUCAGAUCCGGAUUCUUCGGUUCUUCCGUCACCAUCUGUAUCAUCAACAUCAGUAACAUCUGAUUUGUCAGAAUCUAUAAAAUCAGAAAUACCAACUAAUCGGGAUAUAACUGUUCUACCGGUUUCGCAACAAAACACAAUGCAUUCUAAUGAGUCCGCUACCUAUCAGUCAUAUGACGCUCUAGAUGACUCUCGGCUUUAUUGGAGGAAACUUGGAAUUACAUUAUUUGACAAACAUCAAACAGCCUGUAAUUUCAGUGCUUCUUGUUCUACUACUACUGCUACUACUACUACUACCACCAAUUAUCCAUCCAUUUCUACACCUUGUGAUUUAUCAGUUGCCCCAAAACGUUCAAUACCCCUUUCUGUCCAACAGGCUUUAAGUUGUCGACCAUACUUGGAGAAUAUUUCGAAACCUAAUACAUCGUUAUAUGCCAAGCGUUUAUUAGAUGAUUCUUCUUUCUACGGAGGUUCUUUGCACGUCUGUUAUGCACCUGAAUAUGAAACUGUGGCUGAAUGUCGUUUGAAGCUGUAUGAAUGCAGGCAUUUAAAUGCAAGAAUUUCCAGGAAAGUGGAACAUGAGUAUCUUCAGAAAUUCUCUACUAAAUGUCAAACAUCAGAUCCGGAUUCUUCGGUUCUUCCGUCACCAUCUGUAUCAUCAACAUCAGUAACAUCUGAUUUGUCAGAAUCUAUAAAAUCAGAAAUACCAACUAAUCGGGAUAUAACUGUUCUACCGGUUUCGCAACAAAACACAAUGCAUUCUAAUGAGUCCGCUACCUAUCAGUCAUAUGACGCUCUAGAUGACUCUCGGCUUUAUUGGAGGAAACUUGGAAUUACAUUAUUUGACAAACAUCAAACAGCCUGUAAUUUCAGUGCUUCUUGUUCUACUACUACUGCUACUACUACUACUACCACCAAUUAUCCAUCCAUUUCUACACCUUGUGAUUUAUCAGUUGCCCCAAAACGUUCAAUACCCCUUUCUGUCCAACAGGCUUUAAGUUGUCGACCAUACUUGGAGAAUAUUUCGAAACCUAAUACAUCGUUGUUAGUCAGCAAGGUAUCCUCUGACACUAACAAAACAGUGAAGCACUACUCAUCUAACUCCUUAAUCCCACGCGUUAUAAUUAGUAAAGAAUAUAGAAAAAAACACUCAACAAACUCAGAAGCUCUUCCACAAGUAUCAAAGUCAACAGCCCCUAUUUCUGUAGGUGAAUUAAAACGCUUAGCCUAUUCAUUAGGUCCCAAACAAGGACCAAGUUUACCGUCAACACAAGAUCAAAGGGAAAAUAUUGUUGAUCGAACAAGGAUUGUAUUUCAUCGUUCGAAUUCCAAAAGACAUUGUACACAUCCUUCAGAAUCUAGAGACAAUUGA